GUCUUCGGAGUAGUCCUGAAGCAUGGGGAGAUCACCAACAAUCGCUUCGGCAAUUUCCACCACGAUGAGAUCAUCGGGCGCCCGUUUGGGAGCAAAGUCCGUGCACGGAGAGGCGGGCUUUGGCUGGCGUUGCUUCGGCCCACCCCUGAGUUCAUCACCCAGAGCCUCACGCACCGCACGCAGAUCGUGUACCACGCGGACAUUUCGAU